ACGACGCACGGGCCGGACACAAAGCAUUGGGAGAGAGCAGCGACAAAGCUACCCACCGUCGAGAAUCAAAAAACGCCCGGAGAAAACAUGGCGCGCGGCUUCUGCGCCGUUGUUGGGGCGCUGCUGGUAGGCCAGGCGACCGCGUUUUUCGGCUCGCCAUCGGCGUUCAUGACGGGCACCAUGUCGCCCGGCCUCAGGACGCCGGGAGCGACGUCGGCUCUCGGGCGGGAGGCGAGGACCUACCGACGAUUGUCGACGGCGAAGUCGGGGGCCGCCUCCACGGUGAUGAUGCCCAUCGGCGUGCCUAAGGUGGCGUACCGAGUGCCAGGGGCGCCUACCGCGGACUGGGUGGACAUCUACAACCGGCUCUACCGUGAGCGGAUCAUUUUCUUGGGGCAAGAGAUCGACGACGAGCUGGCCAAUCAGAUCAUCGGGGUUCUGCUGUACCUCGAUUCCGAAGACAGUACGAAGCCCAUCUACCUGUACGUCAACUGCCCCGGUGGCUCGGUCAUCGCCGGCCUGGCCCUCUUCGACACCAUGCAGCACAUCCGCUCAGAAGUGGUGACGAUCAACGUCGGGCUUGCCGCAUCGAUGGCUUCGUUCAUCCUCGCGGCGGGGGCGAAGGUGGAGGCGACACAGAUCAUGCACAUCCGCGACAACAUCGUCCGGAUGUACGCCAUGAUGACGGGGCAGACCCAGGAGCAGAUCACCAUUGACCUGGACCGCGAUAACUUCAUGUCGGCACAAGCGGCCGCCGACUACGGCCUCGUGGACAACGUAAUAAAGCUCUCCAAGAAAUAGAGAACAAGGGGGGGCAUGCUAAGAACCCGUAUGUUGCCGCGUGUUGGUGUAGACAGCAGUAAUGGGUGGUGUUUGGUCCGUCCGCAAGUGUGUCACUUGUCGAGCGUGCACGCGCACAUGCCGUAGGGUCGAUCGGGCGAUAGGCGAGACGGGGGGUCAACAGAAGUUCUUCUCGGGAAGAGCUUCGAUUUUGAGUAAGUAGUUUGUUUUGGCGGCGACGGUGUGGGUGAGGUUUCUUGGGACGUGGCAUGUGGCUCGAUGACGGCGCGGAGCUUGCUUCUUCUACGUUUAUUUUCAUUCAAUCCCACGCGACUCGUAGCAGGCCUACGUAUCAUACCUGGGGUGUUUUGCACCGCUGGGUAGAAGGCCUCGGCUGAACCCGAACAAGUAAGAGGCAGUAAAUUGUGUUCAAACUAAUGCUCCUGGGCUUCUGCCUUGUUCUUGCUCAAGUGGUGCAAGUGCGGGUGGAAUGUUUGCUGCGGCUGCUAGAUGCUGCGUCUCGGAGGCUUGCUUGGAGUUUGGCGCACGCGGCGCUUCAUUUGAUUCGGAGGUCUCGCGGAAACGCCUUUCUUUGUCGUGCUCGGCCAGAGGACCCUACCGCACAGUUUGUGUGGCGUCGUUACCGUUGUUGCCUUGCGGUCGUGACAUCAGCGGCAGGACCCACCAGAGAUGUGACGUAUCUGCGUGCCGACAUCAAGACCUUCCGACUGCUUGUU